AUGACUACCGACCCAGCAACUGUGAAGAAGAUCGAGGAAGGCUUUGAGAAGUUGCAAGUGAGUGGAAACAAAGUUUUUGCGGAUUUUAAUAUUUUUUUUGAGUUUUUCAUCGUUGGAUGUAACUCUACUUUUUUGCUGUUAAUGGUAGUAGAAAAACACUUGCUAAAAGGAGAACAGUUGACCUUAAAAAUGGUAAACUUGGCUCACUUCUGAUAACUUGUAAAUUCAUUUUUACUUUUGAUUUUGGCGUAUUUUAUGAGGUGGUUCAAAUAAUUCUGUGCUCCUAACCUUGAGAGUUUUUUUGAAAGGGGGCACAGAAUUACUUGAAAAACCUAAUAUAUUACUUUUGUUUUUUUUAUUGUUGUGGUUGAGUUUAUAGCGUAAAGAAAGUUUUGACAAUUUUUAUGAGUUGAUGUAAACAAGUUUUUGCAUUUCAGGCUGCUGCGGACUGCAAAUCGUUGUUGAAGAAGCAUCUGACAAAGGAUGUUGUGACCAAGCUCAAGUCCAAGAAGACCAAGCUCGGAGCGACGCUUUUGGAUGUGAUUCAAUCCGGUGUGGCCAAUCUGGAUUCUGGAGUCGGUCUCUACGCUCCAGAUGCCGAAUCCUACACAUUGUUCAAGGACUUGUUCGAUCCUGUCAUUGAGGUAAGGUUUUUUGGGGGUUUUAAGGUGUUUUAGGCUUGUUUAGGAGGUUUUAUUACCUAAAAAAUUUUUUUUAAGAAGUUUUGGUUUUUUAGGUAACAAAUUUAAUUUUUGUUUGGUUUUUGAGGCGCUUUAGGUUUAUUUUGGUUUUUUUAUUACCUAAAAAAAGUUUUUUUUUUUGGAUAAAAGCUUGAAACUUGUUUUUUAGGUAACAAAUUUUUAGUUUUUAAUAUAUUUUUACAAAUUUCAAUUUCCAGGAGUACCACAAUGGUUUCAAGCCCGCCGACAAGCAACCUCCGAUGGAUUUGGGCGAGGGAAAGAUUGCCGAACUUCCCGACCUCGACCCCGACAACAAGUACAUUGUUUCGACUCGUAUUCGAUGUGGCAGAUCUUUGGCCGGCUACCCCUUUAACCCAUGCCUCACCGAGGCCAACUACAAGAACAUGAAGUCGAGAAUGAAGGCGACUUUGGAGGGAAUUAAGGACGAGGACCUGAAGGGUACCUACUACCCAUUGACUGGAAUGAGCAAGGAAAUUCAGGACAAACUGAUCGCUGAUCACUUUUUGGUGAGGAUUUUUGAAUUCAUGACAGUAUUUUAUAAAACAUCUGAUUUUUUUCAUUUUUAACUCUGAAUAUUUUAAUAUUGUUUUAGUUCAAAGAAGGUGAUCGCUUCCUACAAGCCGCCAACGCCUCCCGCUUCUGGCCCACCGGUCGUGGUAUCUUCCACAACGAAAAGAAGUCGUUCUUGGUGUGGGUGAACGAGGAGGACCAUCUUCGUAUCAUCUCGAUGCAAAAUGGAGGUAAUGUUGGUCAAGUCCUGGAACGUUUGGUGAAAGGUCUGAAGGUGAUUGCUGCCAAACAGCCAUUUGCUCGUCACCCACGUCUUGGCUGGUUGACUUUCUGCCCCACCAACUUGGGUACCACUGUCAGAGCUUCCGUUCACAUCAAGCUGCCCAAGAUAUCGGCCGACAAGGACAAGUUCAAGGCUAUUUGCGACGAAAUGAAGCUUCAGGUGGGUAUUCUUAGUUUUUUGACUUUGAAAUUUUUUAAAUGUAGUACCCUUUGAUUUAAAAAAUUUUUUUGGUACUAAAAUUACUAACUAAAACUAUUGUUAACAAUUAAAUUUCAGAUUCGUGGUAUUCACGGCGAACAUUCUGAAUCAGCCGCCGGCGUCUACGAUGUCUCCAACAAGCAACGUUUGGGACUUACCGAGUACGAAGCCGUCCGCCAAAUGUACGAUGGAGUCAAGAAGCUCAUCGAACUCGAAGCCGCCGCUCCAUAA